GAGUCAGAGCUAAUCAAAGGCACUUGUACGGAGCACACUGCCGACCUCUUGUAGGCUUUAGGCCAGAUUCAGCCAGUUUUUUUCUUUCCUCUCUUCUCCUUUCCUUCUAUACCCUUCCUAUUCCCUCACACCCUCUUUCUCCCUGUCUGCUUAGAGAAGAAAAAAAUUGAGGGAAUUCCAUCAAGUCAUUUGACUUGAGGUUUUCUGUGGGAUUAACCAUGCACAGCGGGGCUUUGGUACAGUCCAUGUUUGUUCCUCUGCUGCUGAUUCUACUGUCCGGUGUCGAGGACAGUUUGCUGCAAUCUUUGAGUCAGGGUGCAUGUCGGUUUUCCACGGAGUCCUCGCAGCGCCGCUGCCGGACCCCCGAUGGCAAGAUCUGCGGCGGACGGGGGGACUGCGAGUGCGGGGUCUGCGUUUGCAAAGCGACGGAGCCCGGAAAGUUCUUCGGGCCGCGCUGCGAGUGCCACGACUGGUUGUGUGCGACGUACAACGCCAAGGCCUGCAAUGACCGCGGCUACUGUGACUGUGGCGUGUGUGAGUGUGACGAGGGCUGGUCCGGAGAAGCCUGCCAGUUCCAGGAGGAGUGUAACCUGCCCAGCAAGAAGAGCAGGGAACUCUGCAGGAACCCACAGGGGGUGGUUUGCUCCAACGCAGGCACCUGUCAGUGUGGCAGCUGCAUGUGCCACGACCCGGACGGCAGGGGCCUGGUGACGGGGACCUACUGCGAGUGUGACGACCACGAGUGUCUGGACGAGGACACCGGAGAGGUGUGUGGAGGCCACGGCCAGUGUUACUGUGGAAACUGUUACUGUGCCGCCGGUUGGCAUGGUGAUAAAUGUGAGUUCCAGUGUGACAUCAGCCCCUGGGAAAGCAAGCAGAGAUGCACAUCUCCAGAUGGCAAGAUCUGCAGCAACCGAGGAACCUGUGUGUGUGGAGAAUGCACAUGUCAUGAUGUAGAUCCUUCCGGAGACUGGGGCGAUAUUCACGGGGACACCUGUGAGUGCGAUGAGCGAAGCUGUCAUGCGACGUACGACCGAUACAGCGACGACUUCUGUUCAGGUAACGGCCAGUGCCAGUGUGGCAGGUGUGACUGUAAGGAGGGCUGGACGGGCACCAAGUGUGAACAUCCGCUGUCCUGCGCGCUGUCCCCCGACAACAGCCAGAAGAGGUGCCGAGGAACGUCCAAUCUGUCCUGCUUCGGACGAGGGCAGUGCCAGUGUGGUCAGUGUGCCUGCCAUCCUCCAGGAGACAGUCGUAUCCAUGGCAAGAACUGUGAGUGUGACGACCGGCAGUGCGAAGACCUCAACGGUGACAUCUGCGGAGGUCAUGGCUACUGCUCCUGCGGCCGCUGCAUCUGCGAGGAGGGCUGGUUCGGCAAGAUAUGUCAGUUCCCCCGGAAGUGUGAGAUGACCGACGUACAGAGCAAGGAGCAGUGUGAGACAGGCGACGGAGUGCUGUGUAGCGGGAAAGGUUCUUGCCACUGCGGCCAGUGCAUCUGCUCUCCUAAAGACUGGUGGGUCUCUGGGGAGUUCUGUGAGUGCGAUGACCGUGAGUGUGACAAGCAUGAUGGGCUCGUCUGCACAGGGAACGGGGUGUGCAAUUGCGGCGUCUGCGACUGCUGGGACGGCUGGACAGGCAACGCGUGCGAGAUCUGGCUCGGGCUUGAGUACUGAAGAGGAGGAGGACCCUGAGGCGGGGCCCGAGGCAGACCCCGCCCCUUCCCCCAGAAUGGAGGCCAGGGACGAGGGGAGGAUGAGGAGGGAGAGGAGGGAGAGGAGGAAGAGGAGGGACAACGGAACCGGGAGCUAAAUGGAAACACGCCACUGUGUUGUGCUUCAUCUGCAUCACACCGACACCUUCUGCCCACCGCUUGCGUUGUGGGCGCGUGUGUGUGAGUCUGUCCGUGUGUGUGUGCGUGUGUGUCACAGUAAUAAUUAAUUCGAUGUACUGGUUACAAAUUGUCUUUAUUAAAACUGUGUUUUGUAUGCAAGAAAGAAACAACCAUGGAAGCAAGAAAAGCAUUUGUUGUUGUUUUUUUUUCAUGAUCCGAACACAACACAAUGUAACCCCUUUUUAUAUGUUUCCAAUACAACUAUAUGUAUGAAACUUGUAUAUAUAGGAAUGCUUACAUAUACCAGAGAGCGACAUAUAAUAGGAUGCAGGUACAUUAACAUAAAUCAGACAUAGAAAAAACAAAAUGUUUUAAAUUGAAUUUGUGUUUUCGGUUUGAAUCUGUGGGAUUUUGAGGGCAUAAUCUGUUAUCCCGGCAAUCAGUUUAUUGUUGCACUUUUUGACAAAUUGGACACAUAGUUGACCCUGCAAUCAAGUCAGAGGCAUCAUUUGAGGUUUUAUUUUAUUAUUUUUUAAUAAUAAAACAUUAAAUGUGCCGCAUGACACACACAUUUCUCGUGGAAAACAACGCAAAGACCUUAAUCAUACAACGGUUAUAAAUCUGUUUUAGCAUGGCAUAACUUCAAUGGGCAUACUUGCAAUGGUAUAUUUAUAUUUGAAAAUAAAUCUUUAUAUAGUGCCUAUUCCUUUCCAUCUUAACAAAAUAAAUAAAUGACUCUACCAUGACA